AUGGCCACAAGGAUAAAAAAGAUGGCCACAAGGAUAAAAAAGAUGGCCACAAGGAUAGAAAAGAUGGCCACAAGGAUAAAAAAGAUGGUUAAAAGGAUAAAAAAGAUGGCCACAAGGAUGAAAAGAGAUGGCCACAAGGAUAAAAAAGAUGGCCACAAGGAUAGAAAAGAUGGCCACAAGGAUAAAAAAGAUGGCCACGAAGAUAAAAAAGAUGGUCACGAUAAAGCAGAGAAGCGCCAUGCAGACACGAACGGUGGCGACGAAGCGGUGCGCAAGAUGUUCAUUUUAUCGAGUAAUAGUGACGAUCAAAGUUCCGAGGAGAGGAAGGCUCAGAAGAAGGAGAGAUAA